GCAGCUGGGUUCCGACCUUAAGCUUGAGGAGGCGGCGGCGGCGGCGGGAGGCGGCGGGAGGCGGCAGGCGGCCCAGGCCCGGCCCCACGGGAUGGCGUUCCGGCAGGCGCUGAAGCUGACGGCCUGCGGGCUGGCGGGGGGCUCGGCCGCCGUGCUCUUCUCGGCCGUGGCCGUAGGGAAGCCGCGCGGGGCGGGCGGCUCGGACGCCGAGUCCCGGUGGGCCGGCCCGGAGGCCCCGUCGUGGGCAGAGCGGGUGCGCCCGGGGCCCACCAGCGGCGUGUGGGACAGCAACUGGGACAAGCGAGAACCACGGUCUCUUAUCAACCUGAGGAAAAGAAGCACAGAAACUGGUGAAGAGGAGAUAACCUCCAAGCUAGAUAACUUCAAAGCCAGAGCCACUCGUCACAUCUUCCUGAUCAGGCAUUCCCAGUACAAUUUGGACGGCUCCCUCGAUAAGGAUCGAACUCUGACUGAACUGGGUCGUGAACAGGCUGAACUGACUGGUGGUCGAUUAGCUAGCUUGGGCGUGAAGUUUGAUAAGAUUGUGCACUCUUCCAUGACCCGAGCAAUAGAAACAACUGACAUCAUCUCCAAACACCUGCCAGGAGUCAACAGAGUCAGCACCGAUCUGCUCCGGGAAGGUGCUCCCAUUGAACCUGACCCUCCUGUAUCUGACUGGAAGCCAGAAGCCCGGCAGUAUUAUGAGGACGGAGCCCGUAUUGAGGCUGCAUUUCGGAACUUCAUCCAUCGUGCAGAUGCCAAGCAGGAGGAAGACAGCUAUGAAAUCUUUGUGUGUCAUGCCAAUGUCAUCCGCUACAUUGUCUGCAGAGCACUACAAUUCCCUCCUGAGGGCUGGCUGCGGAUGUCCCUUAAUAAUGGCAGCAUAACCCAUCUGGUGAUCCGUCCAAGUGGAAGGGUGGCACUAAGGACCCUGGGGGACAGUGGAUUCAUGCCCCCUGACAAAAUCACCCGCACUUGAACGCCCUCCCCUCUGCAGUCAUCAGCUGUGUGUCCAUUCGUGCGGACCUGUCUUUGUUUUGUAAUGUUUGGCUAGAAUGCUGCGUUUUCAAAAGUACGUGGAUUCCCACUCCUGUUUUUCCUUUGCUGACUAUACUUGUCCUGAAGACAUAAAACUAUGCUUAAAUGCUGCUUUUCUGUCAAAGGCCUUCCUGGCCAGGGAAGACGAAGACACCACUGGGACAGAUACCCUUCACAGGUUCAGAAGGUUCCGGAUAUAGAGAAGUUGCCUCUCUUUGACCAAAGCUUUUGUGUGACAUAAGGGAAUAAAGUAGUAGGAUAGGAGUUAAAAGUUAUAUAUUUUCUAUAUAUUUGGAUGUAGCAUGACAUUAUGGAUGUGCAAGUCACACAUGAGAGUAAAUUUUCAUUAUAAGAAGAUAUCACCAAUAGCUAAAUUUCCUGCCAUCUCAAUCAGUCUGUCCCUCUGAAACUAAGGACUUCAUUCAGCCAGCAGUAUGCCAGCAGUGGUUACAGCUGUUUACAGUGGGACAGUCUGGUGUGAUCAAUCAUGCAGUUGAAGAACAGUUCAGGCUAGUUCAAGUGAUUCUUAGAUCUCUAGUAUUAAAACUUAUUUUUCAUUCUCCUAAAGACAGGUAUCUAACUGAGCUUCCUCACCAUUUUUCUAGGCCCUUAACCACCUGGUUUUGAAAACCCACUUCUUAUCCCAGUUACAGCUUGUAAUAGCUGCUGGGAUAACAAGACAGCCCCACCUCUAUGGCUGCUUAGAGGGGAUCUGAGCUGUCCUAAGCCUGGGAGACAACACACAUUCCCUAGAAUGAGACUCGUUUAAAAUAAGAAGUGAGAAGUCUCUGCUAGCACAGACUCUUUUGUCCAGCUGAGAAAAAGCCACCAAAAGCACUUUGACAAGUGCUACCUGGGCGGUGUUUUGAGUGGUGGUGGGUUAUUUUUGCAAACCAAAUGGAUUAAGUGACUUGCCCAGGGUCACACAGCUACUAAGUGUCAUGUGUCUGAGGCUGGAUUUGAACUCAGGGCAUC